CUUGUGCGUGCGUAGGAUUGUGCUUUGGACUGGUGGUCUUUUGGUGCGGAGUCGAAUGCUUUUGAAGGUGCGGCGUGGCGAGACAAACGGGAGACUAUGGAAUGGAAUGUCGCCCUUUUUGAGCUGCUUCCGUGCUGGCGCGAAUUGUGCAGGACGUCGCACAAAGCCUAGCGUCCUCGUAGCCCGCCCGAAUGCAUGGUGAGGCGUGCGUUGAAACUUUGGAGGAGAGCGCCAUUGUCUUCGCCAAGUGGAGCGAGCGUCCCGAGGACUUUGCCCUCUCGCUAGCGGGGUAGACCAAGCACGCCGCUCCUAAAGGAGCCAGCCGACUCGACCCAUGCGCAGUCCCGUGUCCGUGCAAUCGACCUCGUCUCCAAAGAACCAAAGAAUUGCAUUGACCGCUGAGCAGACGAAGAGGGAGCCUGUUGUUGCGCCGAAGCCGGGGAGGGAGCCUGUUGUUGCGCCGAGGCACGCGAGGUUCCGCGUCUACUUGCAGGCCACCUCGCUCUACUCGGCGCCAGACAGAUCCGUGGGUGCGUAAGAUGAACGCUCACAACAGACGGCGAGAAGCGCUGCGGAGGAUCAACAGGGUCAAGGCGAAUGCGACGCGGGCGUGCCGGCUGACUUGCCGCGUGUCAGCAACCCUUUGCGCAGAUCAAAACACCACGCACGCCGGUCCUUCCGACGAGGCCGCGCAGCGUCCGCGGAGUGCGCUCGAGCCGGACGGGCGCUCGUACCGCGCACACGAGCCGUGAUAAGCGCGACCGCGGAUCGACUUGGUGCGUUGGAGAGGAUCUCGUCACGCGCGCACUACGGGAGAGUCGUGAGUCGUGAGAUGAGUGAUCUUGUUGACCGUUUGAAAGGUGCUGACAUGGAGCAUGACAGCACAACAGCAUUCGUCGGCGUGGAGCGUAUUUUGAUGUUUACGUGUCGUUGCGAGGUGAGAAACCGAAGAGGUCGCGCAGAGCAUGGGCCUCGCGCGUUUCGCAGAGACCUCUCGUGAAUAUAAGACGAACCCCAGCGUUCGUCCCCCAAGAAAGCCCCUCACUGCAAUAAGAAGCGCCCAUCUUGAAUCUUGAACGACGA